CUUCGUACUGAGCAUCUUCAUGCCGGUCGUGGUCAUCACCAUCAUCGGCGUCUCCACGCUCCUCUAUGCCUUUGAAAAUUUCCAAGACCGCAUCGCCGUGACGCUUGCCUGCCUCAUCGUCGAGGCUGGCCUGUACUCGCAAAUCUGCGUCGUCAUCCCCAUCUCGGCGGCCCCAAAAUUCGUCGAUAUUUAUUUCUUCUACGGGAUAUUGAGGAUGUUUUUCGUUUGCCUUAAUCACCUGGGCGUGUACCGCUGGCUCAUUGCCUUCAAAAAUCGAAAAGCUAAAGACCAGGCAAAGAGAAAUGAAUUAGCUUUACAGUCUAAUGUGGAGCCCACGGGCGCAGCGAAAGGUGGCGUGAAGUCCAGCAUUGGAGUAAAAGAAAUAAAAAGCUUGCGAUCAACAAAUGAAGGACCUUACUUCGACUCGAACAUAAUCACGCCAGUGUACUCAACUCAAGAAAACUUGACUGAUUGGGACGUAUCGACCAAAGUCGCCCUCACUCCAAUGGACAAAAGCUUCAGCAAAUUUCCCUGCAAAGCUUGGGAGGACAACGAGGAAGCGGAGAAAAAAUAUGCUGCUAUUUAUAAGCGGUUCACAAUCUGGAGCUAUUUCUUCUUUGUUGUGGGUGUUGUGUUUGAUUUCAUUUUCUUCGGGUUGUCUGGUUACAUGAUUAUGAUGCUGAGGAACCGGGUCUUCAUCCAGUAUCCUUCAUGCAAUUCCAGCACGUAAGAAAUUUACCUCUUUUCUUGGAAACCAAUGCUUUCAAUUAUUAUCGAGAGUAAAGAAAAACAGUUCGAAAUUCCGUCCCCAAUCAAGAUUUUGGUAAGACCUCCGGCCAACUAACUAACUAUAACUUAUUUUGGUUUUCAAUUUUAAAAACAUGUCAGGAGGAUUUAUUUUCUUGUGCUCGUUUUAAUUGGAUAUGUUUUUUGGAAUGUUUUAUCUUCAUGACUGAAUCAGGGUUCAUAUUAUAUUUAUGCCUCGAACGACACGACUACUAGUUGAUACUGAAGAAGAUGAAUAAAAAAAUAUAAAUUAUAACGGUUAAAAAAUCUAGAAUAGGAUAAUUAACAGCCACCCUCCUGCACACACUCGCUAUAUCAGCUGCUUUCUGCAUACCUAUUAAUAUAUUAGGUAACAAUUACGUAUAUGUAUGUAUGUGGUGUUUUUGAAUAAGUAAUGAUAUUUUAAGAUUUUCGUUGUAAAAACUGAACUCAAAACCCGACUUUAUUCCAUGAGUCAAUUAAUACUUUAAAAUUUCAUCCAACUCAAUAAUUUUACAGUUUUUACAAGUAAACAGUGUAUUCGGACAACCAGCUUUUUUCAGUUCAAUCGGUGUGCAUUACCAUUCUAUAAUUCACUGAACCUAAUUUGAUUUCUUUGGAAAACCAAUGAUAUUGUGUGCUGAUAAUGUUCAUCAAGUUUUAUGUCCUUGCCAGUCAAAUGUUUAAGCCAGUCAAGUUAAGUGCGGGUGCCAUUUAUUAGGUUGAAUGAGUUGAAUAUGCAAAUUUAAGUUAUGAAGUUGAAGCUCAUACAUGGUAAUCGACGUGAGAAUAUUAUCUAUAUAAUUCAUAUACCGAAACUACACUCCGUGUCUAUCCAGUUGAUAGUUCUCGAUGAGAAUAGUUUAAUUUUAAAUAAAUCAACCUGUCUAGAAUAAGUAACCAUACCUCGCAAAAUACAUCAGAAUCUACGCUUGAAAAUAAA